ACCAUGGCGUUCCUCGCCGCGCUUCCUCCCGCCGUGGCCACCAGCCUCCUCCUCCUGCUCGGCUCCGCCGCCGCCGCCUCCAUUCUGCAGCGCGGCCGCCGGUUGGACGGCAACGAGAGACCCAUCAUAGGGAUACUGUCACAGGAAUGUCACUACGACAAGUUCCACAAAUUUGGCAGCUCCUACAUUGCAGCUUCCUAUGUGAAGUUUCUGGAGUCUGCAGGUGCCAGAGUUGUGCCAGUGAGAUUAAACCUUUCAGAUGAAGAAUAUGACAGAAUAUUCCACUCAAUUAAUGGGGUACUUUUUCCAGGAGGUGGUGUGGAUCUUAAGACUUCAGAAUAUUCCAGGGUUGCUAAGAUAUUUUACCACAAGGCAUUAGAGGCAAAUGAUAAAGGAGAUUAUUUCCCAGUGUGGGGAACGUGUCUGGGACACGAAGAGCUCACUUACCUCACAAGUGGGGAAGUUUUGCUCACUAACACCAAGACAGAAGGUGCUGCACUCCCUCUGAACUUCACUCCAGCUGCCAAAGACAGCAGAUUAUUCAAGAGCUUCCCUGCUGAUGUCCUACAUGCAUUUGCUACUGAGCCACUGACAUCAAACUUUCACAUGUGGAGCCUCUCCAUGGAGAAUUUCACCAAGAAUGAGAAACUUCAUGAUUUCUAUAAGGUUCUGACCACCAACAGGGAUGGUGAAGUGGAGUUCAUAUCUACCAUGGAAGCAUACAAAUACCCAAUUUAUGGGGUCCAGUGGCAUCCAGAGAAAAACCCUUUUGAGUGGAAGAAUUCUCCAGGCAUUCCACAUUCCCCAUCAGCUGUCAGAGCAGCUUAUUAUAUAGCUGACUUCUUCAUUAAUGAAGCCCGGAAGAGCCUGCACCGCUUCCCCAGCGAAGAGGAGGAGACUAAAGCACUCAUCUAUAAUUACACUCCCAUUUAUACAGGAACCUUCUCUUCCUUCCAGCAGAUCUACUUUUUUGAUUGAAUGCCCUGUGCCAGCUGCUCUCUGGCUGUUUACAAGUGGAAUUGUUUGCCAGUGUUGUGUGCUGAAGGCUGAUGUUGUGCACUGCACGUGCCCCAAGAUCCCUUCCUUUGCCAUCAUUUGUCCUCUCUUCAUCCUGCACUGCUCGACCACUAGGAGGAAAACUGACACUCAGUAGCAUCAUCUGCUUGGGUCAUACAAUCACAGAACUGUCUUGUUUGGAGCUUGUCUCUUAGAGCUAGUCCAACCAGUCUGGUUGGUGCUGGUGCUAAACCCUGUCCCUCAGCACCACCUCUCUGUGUCUUUUGGCCAUUGGGAUGUGCUGCCCAGGGAGGUGGUGGAGUCACCAGCACUGGGGGUGUUUAAGAGGAGACUGGAUGAGGCACUUGGUGCCUUGGUUUAGCUGAUCAGAUGGUGUUGGGUGAUAGGUUGGACUGGAUGAUCUCAAAGGUCUUCUCCAACCUGGUUAUUUCUAUCCUGUUCUAUUUUAAACCUCUCCAGGGGUGGGGAUUCAACCACUUCCCUGGGCAGCCUGUGCCAGGCUUUGAGAACCCUUUCAGUGAAGAAGUUUCUUUUAAUCUCCAAUGUAAGCCUCCCCUGCUGCAACUGGAGGCUGUUUCCUCUAGUCCUGCCACUUGUUACUAGGGAGAAGAGCCCAGCUCCCACUUGGCUCCAGCCUCCUCUCAGGGAGCUGCAGAGAGCAAUGAGCUCUCCCCUCAGCCUCCUGUUUUCCAGGCUGAGCACCCCCAGCUCCCUCAGCUGCUCCUCCCCAGCCCUGCUCUCCAGAUCCUUCACCAGCCUUGUUGCCUUUCUCUGGAACUGCUCCAGCCCCUCAGUGUCCUUCUGGGAGAAAGGAGCCCCAGACCUGAAGGCAGCACUCAAGGUGUGCCCUCACCAGUGCAGAAUGCAGGGGGACACUCACCUCCUUGGUCCUGCUGGUCACACUCUUGCUGAUCCUGGCCAGGUUGCUGUUGCCCUCUUGGCCACAAAAUGAUCCCAGUUUGAGGCAAGCAACACAAAAGCAGCAUUUUUCUUCAGAGAAGAAGCUUUGAUCCUGCUGCUAGCCUCAGAAGUGAUCACAUUUAGGGGAAGG